AUGGCCACUUGGGAUCCCACACCAGCUGGUAGCGAGCAGCCACCCGGAUAUGACGGCCACCCACCAUCUCGGCCUGAAAAUGGGGUUACCAACGGCAGCUCUCAGCCAGACACUGCGGAGCUUCCUGCCCUGACCCCGAACGACGUUGUCAUCGCGGUGAUGGGAGUAACGGGGUCCGGCAAGACCACUUUCAUCUCCUACUUUGCCCCGAGUGCACGGAUUGGCCAUGGUCUGGAAUCAUGCACCUCGACCGUCAACAUCCACAAAGCGACCAUCGGCCAGGGGACGGUCUACCUGAUCGACACGCCCGGCUUCGACGACACGCACCGAUCCGACACGGACAUCCUGCGGGAGGUGGCCAACUGGCUCAACUCGGCGUACAAGAGCCGGAUCAAGCUGUCGGGCAUCAUCUACCUGCACCGGAUCGCCGACAACCGCAUGAGCGGGUCGGCGAUGAAGAACCUGCGCAUGUUCAAGCGGCUGUGCGGCGAGGAGGCCCUCUCGUGCGUCGUGCUGGCCACGACCAUGUGGAGCAUGAUGGCGUCGGCCGAGGACGGCGCGCGGCGCGAGCGCGAGCUCAUGACCAAGCCCGAGUUCUGGGCGUCCAUGGUGGAGCGCGGCAGCAAGGUGCUGCGGCAGGACAACAACGCCGUGUCGGCCAUGGAGAUCAUGCGGUACAUCAUGGCGCAGCGGCGCAAGAUCGACCUGGACAUCCAGAAGGAGAUGGCCAGCGGCAAGACGCUGGACGAGACGUCGGCGGGCCGCGAGGUGCAGUCGGGCAUGGAGGUGAUGCGGCGCAAGCACGAGGCCGAGAUGGCGGAGCUGCGCCAGGAGAUGGAGGAGGCCCGCCGCGACCACGACGUGCGCGCCCAGCGCGAGAUCGCCUCCGUCCGCGCCGACCUCGAGGAGAAGCUGCGCCGGGACCGCGAGGACCGCGACAAGAUGCGCGUCACCCUCGACGAGCUCCGCCAGCAGCGCGCCGAGGAGCUGGCCAACGAGCGCGCCGCGGCGCACGAGCGCGAGCUGCAGCUGUCGAACCAGAUGUACCAGGCCCAGCUUGAUAGGGAGAGGGCGGCGAAUCAGGCGAACGAGUCGUUGAUGGAGGUGAAACUGCAGCUGGCGGUGAAGGAGGCGGAUAAUAUACGGCUGCAGAGGGAGGCGGCGGAAAGGAGGGAGAGGGACGAGGGGGGCGGCUGUGUGGUCAUGUAA